CAAUAGACCGGAGGUACUGUGGUGGUGAGACCGAGUGAGACAAUAAUUUAGCCCAGUAGUAGUUCAGAAUGAGUGACUGGAAGAGACGCACCGACACAUAUAGCCAGCGCAAAUUCGAUUAGAUACAUUUUCUCUGACCGGUCAUUGCGGUUUUGAAUAUCCCUCUUCAAUCAACUGCGAAGACUGGACCAGUUGACUUAUUUUUUCUCCUCUGUAAACUAAGAUUGGGCAUGACCAUGGGGGCCAGGCUGUGGGUGUAGCCACUGAGACAGCUGGGGGAGAGCGAGAGAGGAGGAAAGGCAAGCCAGCACCAGCCAAGCACCCUGCACUCCUCCUGGGAAAGAUGGGGGAGACAGAGGAGGAGAAGGACCAGGCAGGGAAGCUGUUUGAGAACUUCAUCCAGGCCUCCACCUGUAAGGGCACCCUGCAGUCCUUCAACCUCCUGUGCAGGCUGCUGGAUCUAGACCCUCAGGACCAUGAGACGUUCUACUGUAGUCUGAAGACCAGGCUCACAUCCUGGAGGGCCAAAGCCCUCUGGACCAAGCUGGACAAGAGAACCUGCCACAAGGAGUACAAGAAGGGCCAAGCCUGUGUGGGCACCAAGUGCCUUAUCAUCGGGGGAGGCCCAUGUGGCUUGCGGACGGCAAUCGAGCUGGCUCUGCUGGGGGCCAAGGUGGUGGUGAUUGAGAAGAGGGACACCUUCUCCAGGAACAACGUGCUGCACCUGUGGCCCUACACCAUCCACGACCUCAAGGGCCUGGGGGCUAAGAAGUUCUAUGGCAAAUUCUGUGCUGGAGCCAUAGACCACAUCAGUAUUCGUCAGCUCCAGCUCAUGCUGCUAAAGAUCGCCCUGCUCGCAGCUGUGGAGUUCCACGUCAAUGUGGAGUUUGUCAAGCUGCUGGAACCUCCAGAGAACCAGGAGAAUGACGGGCCUGGCUGGAGAGCUGAGAUCAGGCCUGCCGAUCACCCUGUGGCUAAUAUUGACUUUGACGUGGUGGUGGGGGCUGAUGGGAGGAGAAAUACCCUGGAAGGGUUCAAGAGGAAGGAGUUCCGUGGUAAGCUGGCUAUCGCCAUCACGGCCAACUUUGUCAACAGGAACACCACGGCUGAGGCCAAGGUGGAGGAGAUCAGCGGUGUGGCCUUCAUCUUUAACCAGAAGUUCUUCCUGGACCUCAAAGAGGAGACAGGUAUUGACCUGGAGAACAUUGUGUACUACAAGGACAAUACACACUACUUUGUCAUGACAGCAAAGAAGCAGAGCCUACUGGACAAGGGGGUCAUCAUUCAUGACUACAUAGACACAGAGAUGCUGCUGAGCAGUACGAAUGUGAACCAGGAAGCUCUGCUGGGUUACGCCCGCGAAGCUGCUGACUUUGGCACCAACUACCAGCUUCCCACGCUGGACUUUGCCAUAAAUGCCUGUGGCCAGCCGGACGUGGCCAUGUUUGACUUCACCAGCAUGUAUGCUUCGGAGAACGCAGCGCUAGUCAGAGAAUGCUUCGGACGCCAGCUACUGGUGGCACUGGUUGGGGACAGCUUGUUAGAGCCGUUCUGGCCCAUGGGUACAGGGUGUGCGAGAGGCUUCCUGGCUGCUUUUGACUCAGCCUGGAUGGUGAAAAGGUGGGCUGAGGGCAUGACCCCUCUGGAGGUGCUAGCUGAGAGGGAGAGUCUUUACAGAAUUCUGCCGCAGACAACCACUGAAAACAUUGCCAAAAACUUUGAGCAAUACACCAUUGACCCUGGGACUCGGUAUCCCAACCUCAUCUCCACCUGUGUCAGGCAAAACCAGGUGCGUCACCUGUACAUCAAUGGAGAGCUGCCAGUGAAGUCUCUGGAGCGUAAUGGUACAAUACGUCGCCCUGUGAACCUGGCCAGACGAGAGUCGGAGAUCAGGCCGGGCAGGCUGCUGACGUGGUGUCAGAAACAGACCGAGGGCUACAGGAACGUGAACGUGACAGACCUGACCACCUCGUGGCAGAGUGGCCUGGCUCUCUGUGCCCUCAUCCACCGGUUCAGAUCCCACCUCAUAGAGUUUGAUUCGCUGAAUGAGGAGGAUUCGGCUAACAACCUCCAGCUGGCAUGUGACCUGGCUGAGCGGGAGUUUGGGAUCCGGCCCUUCGCCACUGGAAAGGAGAUGGCUGCUGGUCAAGAACCAGACAAGACCGGAAUGGUCACCUACCUCUCCAAGUUCUACGAGCUGUUCCGCGGCACCCCCCUGCCCGUCUCAGAUUCGAGAGGGGCCGACGAAAACAGUGAAGACUAUCCUUCCAAGGCAGUCAGAAGUAUGAACAAAGUUCUGGUACCAAGAAAAAGGGUACCGAAGGAUGAGAAGAAGCUAGAAGAUACUGACCCAAUGUACAAAAGGAGACGAAAAGUCUGCAGUUAUUUGGAAGAGGCAACCAACUUCUCCAGUCAGAGUGCGUCCUGUGUGGGUGAGGAGAGGGGGGUUAAGGAGAACAAGGUCCGCUCCAUGGCCAGCCAGCUCCUGUCCAAGUUUGAGGAGAGCAACCCCAGCUUCACCCUCCGGAGACAGAAGAAAGCUCAGACCCAGAAUGCUAGAGCGUUUCACAAUAAAAGUAUCAAGGAGAAAGCUGUCCACCUGAGAGUACUGUUCUCUGAGGAUGUGGCCUCUACGUCCCAGGGUUCCUUGCGGAGGGAGUUCCCCGGGUCUGGUGACAAGUGUCACUCCUGUCAGAAGCGCGUGUAUGUGGUGGAGAGGAUCAGUGCUGAGGGACUUUAUUUCCACAGGGAAUGCUUUCGCUGUGACACCUGUGGCACCGCCCUACGCCAGGGAGGCCAUGCCUUCGACUCUGAGCAGGGCAAGUUGUACUGCAAGCUGCACUUCACACAACGUAAAAAUGGAAUGAACCAUCGGGGGACAUUCAAUUCACAUCUGGGUCAGAAUGGAGCCGGGGUUCAGGAGGGAUCAGAGACGCAGACUCCCAACGGUGACCCAACAGAAAGCCUGCAGGGCCAGUCACCAGGUACCUUCAGCUCCCGCCUGAGGAAGAGCCUGAGCUGGCCCCUGAGUGUGACCCGGGCUGUGUGUGACUCCCCCCGCCUCCUGUCUCGCUGGGUGCAUGGUACGGCCCAGGCUGUGGGCCUCCACUUUAGGGCCAAUGUGCAGGACUAUGUCUUCCUGUAUGAGCUGCUGAGCCUGGGAGUGCCCCUGCUGUUCAUGCUCCAGGAGGUGCUGCUGCAGAUGUACUCUGAAACCGGGCCUGUCUCCCAGUCCAUCCAGCCCCUACUGCUGUGGCUGGAGGAACACCUGGGCCACAGGCUCAUGUAGAGGCCCACCAGGGAGGGAAUCCUAAUCCUAACCUAUCCCUUACCCUCGUGCAAUAGGGUCUGAAGCUUGGCUGAACAUUAACUAGUGUAUCUUGCAUUUGUGCCAAGACAUAUGACGGCAAGCUACCAUUUUACCAUGCACCUUGUUAAUAUUUUCUCACAGAAUAUGUAGCUGUCAGUGCAUUAGAUCUAGUUCUACACCAACCAAAGAACAAAUAACAUUUCCCAAGCGGUAGCUUGGUUUGUGAUACGUGUGGUAGUUUUUCAUGAACAUUAUAUUUUUCUUUAUGAUGAGGGGUAAUGUGCUGUACAUGGUUUCAUGGUGGUCUAAAUCAUUUACGGUAUGUGGUUGAUAUGACUGCUGAAAUCAUCCAAUCUAUAUUGCUCUAGAGUUGAUUCUUUCAACAACUGGCUGUCGAAAUUGAGCCCGUUUUUACAUGGAUUAACUCAGGUUAUGACAGAGUUUUUGCGCGGAAGAAGUCAUCUAAAUGAAAAGACUGACUUGAAGCACUUUAACUUGGGGAGCUGCCUUUACCUGUGGCUGAUGCCUGAUGAAUGGUGUGGAAGUUUAUGGCUGCCUAAUGGUUAUCCAGGGCUUGGAUAAUGACUAGUGCUGACGCUGCACGUUUACUAAACCCUGCUGAACUCACAGGUCGGGGUCGGGGGCCAACGUGGAUCUGUGCUUGACCAGAUUUUCUCAUCUUUUUUUCUAUUUCAAUAUUGUUUGACACAAGUUUACAUUUAAAAGUUAUUGUAAGAUCUCCUAUGACACCAUGACCGUAGUGUACUUUCGCUACACAUUAUGAUAACAUGUAUUGCUUUAUUUUAUGGCCCAGUGCCUCCAGUAUUUUUGUGCAUUGUCCGUUGUACUUAAAAAGGGGAAGAGCUUUCAUGGCCAUGGGCUUUGGUUUACGACUCCAGUUCAUGGACUGUUUAAUGCUUACUCAUUGCUGCCACCUGUUGGUGAAACAGAUGCAAGACCAAAUUAAAUUUACUGAAUGAUGAGGUGGAAUAUGGGACAAUCUUCUAAAGAGUUGAUGUGUGUUUAUAAUAAAAGUUUUUCUUCAUUUUUGUUAUUUUGUACAAGUCUAUUUCACUUAAAUAUGUUUUUCAUAAUGUUACGAAUAUUGCUGAAAGGAAUUGUUCAGGAGGACAGAAUCUGACAUAACUCAGGCUAUGUUUGAAUGCUGUGGUGUGUAUGUGCUUUCCUGAACCAGAAGUUACAUAAUUCAUGCAGUACACUGUACAGUGCUACUGUGUGUUGUUGAGUAGCACAAUCUCAUGUUUUCUCAAUGCCUUUUCUUUGACUAUCUAACAAUUACAAAGUUUCAAUACAUUUGAACUGGAUUUGAUCCUUCCUCUGAUUUCUCUUUGUAUUCUAACCUAUAUUUCCUUCCUUUAAUUUCUUCUCAUGUUCGCUUGAAGUCUGUUUUCAACUUUCUGAUGAUGAGCCUCCUGAUUGGUUAGGAGACAUGCCAUUCUGAAGGUGAUCACCUGCAUGGCCACAUGGUUAUGUGAAUAAUGUUUUGGAGUGAAUGUCUGGUCAGAUUAGUCCAGGUUACUGUCAGCACUUCCACACACAAAUAAAAAAUGCUUCUAACCCCUGUGCUUGAGCUACAGAAAUCAGUAUUUAAGCAUUUGUAUUUUUCUGUUUCGUCUGCACCCGGCGAUACCAACCAUUUGCCAAUGUACUUAACGGAGGCUGAACUAGAGCAGUGUUUGUGAGACAAUGGCAGUUCCUGAAAACGGUUCUUCUCACAAAAAUGUCUAAUCUACAAACUAUUAUGAUCCUACUAUCGAAAGGCUGAGCUUCACAAACACGAAAGUGUGUUCGCGUAGACAGCUUUCUGUCAUGUAGAGGCAUGCCACUCUUUCUCCCAUCUUUUGCCAUCUUUUUUUUCUCUUCCAGAAGCUGUCACCCAGGAGAACUUUCUCUUGACCCACACAACAAAGGGAAUUCAUAUCCCAACAGGUUCAUAACUCAUGUUGUCUUAAAUGAAUGCAUUGAAUAAUGAAUUAUGGGACUUCUAAUGCAGCCUGCUUUUCUCAUGGAGAUUCUGUGUUGCUUUAUGUAUGACCGAAAGAAACAAAUGUAAAUAAAUGAACAGAGUUAUUUUUCAUCUUGA